UGUAUGGUUCUAUCUAUGACUUGAACGUUGUAGCACUACUUGCUUACUCGUCAACGUGCCAAGAUGAAAGCGCCGUGAUUCGAGCCGUAAGCCAUCCAUUUCCUAAAAUAGAAUAGAUGUGAUGUAAUAGGUACCUCAAAUCAUAACACGACUGUAUAUAAAACUAAUUGGAAAAGCCAGGGAAGCCAAGACUUACUCUUUUUACUUACUCACUUAUCAAAACAUGGUUGGCGACUGCUGUCUUAUUGUAAUCAUCCUACUUCUUCCACCUCUCGGUGUCUUCUUGAUGAGAGGCUGUGGACCUGAUUUCUGGAUUAACGUUAUUUUGACCAUUCUCGGAUACAUUCCCGGUCACGUCCACGCUUUCUACGUGUUGGUCAAGGAAAGAGACGAGAGAAGACUGGGAAGACCUGGUAGACAAGCCCCAGUAGGCUAUGGAACGGUCCCAUCUUAAACGUCGUCACUUAGUGUAGCUUGUGCCCACCCCAUUCUAUUUUGUAUCAUGAACUUACCGUAUAAUGUAAUAAUAAAUUAUACCAAGGGCUCGAGCAUUAACAAUUUGUCAGGAAGCGGGAGGGGAAAAUGAGGGUGGCCGAUUCAACG